CACGCCGCGAUGCAGAAACCAAAGACGAUCAGUGAUCCUUGAUUGUUACUCGUACUCGAUCUCAAACGUGUUGAUUUGUCGUGGGCGAUUGGCCGAUUUGAGUGACAAGAUUGUCGUGUCUACUUUCAGGCAAAACGAUACAUUGUGCUAAAUUUUCCAUGGAGAAUACCAUCAUCACCACCGACAUUAAACUGUCGCGAUGUAAUAAUCAACCGUGGGGUUUUCGACUCUCCGGAGGCGUGGACUUUACUUUUCCUUUGACCGUCGUCAGAGUGACAAUCGGAAGUCUGGCCCAUAUAGCUGGUUUGCAAGCGGGGGACGUAGUGAUCUGCGUGAAUGGAGAGCCAAUAAGUCAACUCACACAUAUGCAAGUCUACGAUAAACUUGUCAACAUCGGCAAUGAUGUCGUUUUAUCUGUUGUGUAAAGUUACGAGAUCAUGUAACAACAAUAGAGGUAAUAAUUUCCCCUUGCCGAUGACUUUUUUUUUACGAAAUCCAAUCCGAUGUUGCGACAAUAGUGCGUAAAUAAAAAUGAAAAAGUCUGGUGCACAUGAUAUCGCGAUGCAAAAAACACGACAUACCGUAAACAAAAUAAAUAAAAUUAAAUUAACGGAAAAUACCGACAAGGCGAGAUUUUUACGCUGUACGUGUUCAAGUUUAUAGUACGCUUUGGCCCGAUCUUUCCGGCACGCAUCUGGCAUGCAUCAAGUCGCGACAAUCAAGGCCUUAGUCAUACAAUGUUGCGAAAUUAUGUCAGCAGUCGAUUCACGUGAUCGAGCGCAAUUAGUCAACUAUAGAUCAGAAGGCGCGUUCCAGGCCGUCAUUUUUAAUCGCAAUUAACGAUCCACAAACAAAUGCUUUCUUCUUCUAAUAAUAUGUGAUUAGAUAAUACGAUCGCGGACGAAUGAGGAUGAAUUCAAGGAAACGCGA